CCAGAACCGGACCGCCCCAGAACCGGACCUGUCACUACCACAAACCCUAUUCCACCCCGCAGUUCACCAACACCGUCCCGUUCAUAGCUACCAGCGUCAGAUGCAGGCAGGUAUAUCCUUCUAUUCGUCUUCUAUUGGAGGUUUGCUGUCGCUGGGGUAAGCCUCAGAUGUGAGGGCGGUGAGGCCUCUCUUCUGAAUGUCUAAUUUCGUACCAUUAGGUCCCGAUUCCGCUCCUAGGGAGCUCGUUGCCAGUUAGGUGGAUCUCCUUCAUCGCCAUGGAAUUGGGGCUCAUACGCGAUUGCUUCAUUUUCAGUUCAGGUCCUGCCCUGGUAAGGCAAUGACGAUGACGGAGCUGAAUUAGCUUAACUGCUUAAAGAAGCCGUUGGUUCAUGACUACCUCGCCGGCAAUAAGGUCCGAUUUCCAUAUGUUUGCUAGAGGUUUGGUUCAAUUCAGUUUUUCACACCCCCCCUAUGUAUAAGAGCUAAAACAUCAACUGCUGCUUGGCUAAUUGGCUUUGGAGAAGAAAGCUAGAAGAAGAAAAACCUAGACCGAUCUGUAGAAAUAAGGAGUAGUAAAUAAAAAGUUUUCAUUUAUGCAAUGCUAUAGAUAUUUACACAAAACUCAUAGUGGCGUUGGAGAUGAGACUUUAAUUUUAAACGGGUGUGUGUCCAUGACAGCUUGAUGACCGUUCAUAUUAGUAAUGUGUCCAUUUAUUAUGGAGUAGUAAUGUUCUUAUGGCCGAAUCAAUUGGCCUUUCAAAUAGUGAGCAGGGCCGGUACGCGGUCCGUACAAGUCUGGGUGAACUUUUUGGCAAAUGAGACUGGUACGCCUCUUCUGCCCAAGAAUCCCAAUCGCCCUCAUUGAAAUCCUCGUCGCUCGUCCCUGAAUCUGACGUCCAGCCAUCGCUUGGAUGAUGAUUUUUCCCGAAGAAUAAGGAUGAGCACCUCCAUCGCGUUACAGGAGUUCUUCACGAGCCGCCAUAAUCUCGCUGAUCUCUCCGCCGUCGCAAUUGGUCCGGUCUCCACUCCAAGAUUGGUGUUGCUGGACGGUAUUCGGUCACAGGUUAACCCCACUUGAAGCCCUGCCCUGAAAUUGGCACUGCAGGGGACACCCUAACUCCCCAUUGUUGGACUGACAUGAUCUCUCUUUGAAGUUUAAUACACAAAUGUAGGAAAGGCAUCAAUGGGAGAGAAGGAAUGGUACUUCUUCAACCUCAGGGACCGGAAAUACCCGACUGGCCUGAGGACAAAUCGGGCAACUGAAGCGGGGUAUUGGAAGACGACCGGCAAAGACAAAGACAUCUUUCGAGGUGGCAGUGUGUUGGUGGGGAUGAAGAAAACACUGGUGUUUUACAGAGGAAGAGCCCCAAAGGGUGAGAAAACCAACUGGGUUAUGCAUGAAUAUAGGCGCGAACCUAAACACGCCUUCAAACCUACCAAGGAGGAAUGGGUGGUGUGUAGGGUAUUCCAAAAAUCUAAUACAACAUUGAGAAAAUCUCAACAAACAACAUCUUCGCCACAAUCUCUAGAGUCUCCUUGUGAUACCAGCACCACCAUAGCCAAUGAAUCGGGAGAUAACGAUGUACCGAAAUUUGACACCAUAGUAUCAUAUUCUUCUCAAGCCGGGAUCAACAACAUUUAUUUGCAAAAUUACGACAACAAUCAUGAGGGUGUGUAUAUGGGCAUGGACAGCAACAUCAACAUGAAUGCUACUCUCCCCCUACUCCCCUGGUCGCCACCGUUGCUUAGCUCAAAUCUUUCAUCCGUCAAUUCAUUGCUCCUUAGAGCAUUACAAUUUAGAGGUAAUAAUGUAUGCCAACCAACAGUAAUGGAUCAUAAUCAAGCUGUUAUAUGCAAUAGUACUAAUGAUUAUGCAUGCAUGCCACAAGGGUUGAUGGACAAUAGUAUUUCACAGUUUGGUAAUGAGCUCAACAACACUACUAGCAAUUUCAUGGGACUGCCAACUUCUUCCUCCGUGAUUUUAGAUUUUGUGAAUAAUCAACAACACUCACAAGAGAAACCAUACAAGGAACAUACCAACAACUUGUGAGGCUUCAAUUGCUUUUAGACACUCUUAUUUGUAAAUUAUUUCAUGCUUAGCUUGUAAAAAACUAGAAACUAAAUGUUUUGUUUUUGUAGUCUUCAUGACAGAACUGAAGUAUUGAGUGCUCAAUUAUGCAUCAUGACCAUUACAAUGUAUUACCAUCUGCUUACAAAAUCUUAGUAUUAAACUUAAUGUGACAUCGAAAAUAAGAACUUCAAAUAAAUGUGGUAAUAUUAUUUAUAUUUAGAGGAAAUUAUUUAGGUGUUUAUCAUUACGUACUUUUAAUUAUUU